AAACACGUUUUGUGGAAAGAUGGAUGAGGAUUGUCAGGCUUUACGUACUUUUAAAGAUUUAAAGUUAAACACGUGGCUUACAGAUCAAUGUAAAACUAUGGGUUUAACUGCUCCAACCUUAGUACAGUUAAACUGUAUACCUCCUAUUUUAGAAGGGAAAGAUUGCAUUGGUUGUGCAAAAACUGGUAGUGGAAAGACCCUUGCAUUUGCUCUACCAAUUUUACAGAAACUUUCAGAAGACCCAUAUGGCAUUUUUGCACUUGUUUUAACGCCAACCAGAGAGUUGGCAUUCCAGAUUGCCGAUCAGUUUCGAGUAUUUGGAAAACCAAUUGGAUUGAAAGACUGUGUUAUUGUUGGAGGAAUGGACAUGAUGAUACAAGGAAAAGAACUAGCACAGAGUCCUCAUAUUAUCAUAUCCACACCUGGUCGUUUAGCUGAUCAUUUGGAAAGUUGCAAUACCUUCAGCUUAAAACGAAUCAAAUUUUUAGUUCUUGAUGAAGCUGACAGGCUACUUGAAGGGCAUUUCAAUGAACAGCUUAAGACAAUAUUUGAAGCUCUGCCUAAAAAACGCCAGACUCUUCUGUUUAGUGCAACAAUGACACAAACUCUUGAAGAACUAAGAAAUAUUGCCAUGACUAACCCUUACUUCUGGUCAGCGCCAGCAGCAGUUGCUACAGUAGAAGAGCUUGAUCAGCGAUAUGUUCUCGUGCCUAGUCAUGUUCGUGAUGCCUACUUAGUGCAUGUGGUUAAAAACUUUGUUGAAAGGAACCCGAAAGGUUCUGUAAUUAUAUUCACCAGUACAUGCAAGAGCUGUCAUAUUUUGUCCAUGGCUUUCAAAUCUCUGGGGUUUGAAACAACUGCUCUUCAUUCUAUGAUCAGUCAGCGACUACGUUUGGCAGCUUUGGCAAGUUUCAAGUCCAAUAAUGUGAAGAUUAUGAUAGCGACAGAUGUUGCCAGUAGAGGUCUUGACAUUCCCCAAGUUGAGAUGGUCAUUAAUUAUAAUGUACCAUCAGUGGCAAAAGAUUAUGUCCACCGAGUUGGGCGAACAGCACGUGCAGGACGGGGAGGAAUGGCUGUUACCUUGGUAACUCAAUAUGACAUCAAUCUGAUUCAUGCAGUAGAAAAGUUAAUUAAUACAAAAUUAACACUUCUUGAAACUAAAGAAAAGGAAGUAUUAAAUAUUUUGACCCAAGUGGCGGUGGCUAUGCGAGAAGCUGAAAUUCGAUUAGAUGAAAUAGACUUUGGAGAGAAGAGGAUGAUUAAUAAGAGAAAGAAAUUAAUUCUUGAAGGAAAAGAUCCUGAGAAGGAAGAAAGAAAGAAACAGCUUAGAAAGAAAUUGAAAGAAAAGAGCCAAAGAAGAAAACAGAAACUCAGGCGAAAAGAAAAAAUUAAGUCAAAACAAGCCGCAAAGUCUGAAGAUCCUACAUAAAAUGCAUUAAUCAUAGUUAGUGUAAAUAAUCUUUUGAUAUUCAAAAUAAAUAUAGGUAUUUUGUAAAUGUC